AUCGGGAGAGUUGCGCUACUGUAUAUACUGUGCCCAUAGAGUCAUAGAGUUCAGUGGCUGAACGGCUGAAGGCUGAACGCGUCCAAAGACAACGCUUUUAGCGCAUUUCCCGAAACCAUUCAUAUAUUCAUUCCGUUUCAAGUGUAAAAAAUUUUAAAGGAUUGCGAGCAACACGACUACCUAGCUACUACCAGAAAGAGUUUUUAAAAAUUCUUAAGUGUAGAAAGUUGUAGAAAGUAGAAAGAAAAAAAAGAAGAAAAGUGCAGAUAUAAAAUAAAUUUAUAAUUUUGGUAUAAAGACGGACUCUUGAAGUAUUUUAUUUAUUGUUGAUAUUACAUGCAAAACAUGGUAUACUUGCACUUUCCGUCAAAUUUAACGGAGGAAGAGCUGAUGCUGCAGGCCAAGUACAACAAACUUAAGAGAAAGAAAAAGGCACUGCAAGAUUUAAAAGCCCCUAAACAGGAAGUAGAACGUAUUCCUCAAGUGCCAAAACGGCCUACAGAAGCAAGAGAUGCUCGUGAAGUAGCAAAGAAAUUAAUCAAAUCUGGUGUAAUCACAGCUCCAAAGACACCUAAACGACCAGAGCAAACUUUUAAGAGAUCUCGCGGACUAGAAAGAAAAUUAAACAGUACAGAAAAAACAGUUAGUUCUUACCAACCAUUCUCGGCGACACAGGAAGAAGAAGAAACAGAGGCAGUGAGACCAAGAGUAAAAGAUUUGUACAAUAGCUUUGUUGGUGCUCAAGACACUGGAGACAGGAGUGUCAGCGACACGCAAUCUUCAUCUAAGCAAGAGGUUAAACCACGUGCGGGAAAUACAAUAUUUGUAUGUGGCUACAAGAUAACAGAAGAUUAUCUUAAGAAACAUUUCCAAAGUUUUGGAAAUAUUGUUAAUAUUUCAAUGGAAGUAGAAAAAAAUCGUGGCUUUAUAACUUUUGAAAAAGCUGAAGCAGCUGAAAGAGCAAUAAGUGAAAUGGAUGGUAGUAUGGUCUCUUCGAUCCAAUUAAAAGUAUCAUUAGCAAGAAGACAACCUAUAAUAGAGCCUGUGAGUGAUACUAUGUCUAGUUCUAUGUGGUCACCAAUUGCAGCUAACUAUUCACAAAAAAGCGCACAUAAAGACAGACGUGAUCUUAAAGUGUAUGAAGAGGAUCUUUUUCAGUAAAUUGCACACAAUAACAUCUUAUAUAUGUAUAUGUAUCAGACUAUUAAAAUACGAAUGGGAACUGAAAAGGAAUUUAAGAACAAAAAGAUUGCUUAACAAUCUAGCUAGGAUAGAUACAAAUACAGAUUUUUUACUAUAUAUUUUCUUUUAAAUUAAAAAGAAAUUUUAUUAUUAUAUAUAUUAUAUUAUCUGAAAUAUUUAAUAAUCUUUUUACACUAAAAAUUCACUUGUAUAUAUCAUAAAAUAGAUAAAUUGGACCGAAUUGUUGUAAAUAGUAUACUUCAGGUAUUAAUUGUACAUUUGGCACAAUGAUAAAAUUACAAUUUGUUUGUUACAAA